AUGUUAGCCUUCGCCGGCGCAGACGAAAAGGCCGAAGGAUCCUGGAGAGUCGAUUAUCUGGUCAUCGAGCAGCCUCCUUCGCCUCGAGCCCUCUCGCAGAGGUCGAGUUUCCCGCAAACCAUGCCGGCUCUCUCCUCGCCGGACACCCCAAACAGCCAUCAACAGCAGCAGCACAACCAGCAUACCCCGGGAACCAAGCAGGCGUCCUCUCUGUUUGCUCAUCCUGCGUCCAAACAGCCGCACGAGAAAGCUGCUGCAAACGCCUUUCUGUGGAACCCAGACUUCAACAACGGAGAUACCGGAGAUGGAGUCACCGCUUCGGCGAAUUUCUUUGUUGACAGUCGCUCCAGGGGGCCAAAUUCAAAGGCUGGAGCCACGGUUUCCAUCUCUCCUUCGCGAGACCAAGAUCGAGAGCGAGACCGUACAGAGAGCGUUGACUCGUCGCUGAGGAACGGGCGUGCCGUCUCCUCUCGCAACUCGAUGGCGGACAACGCAAUAACAACAACGCCCACGACCACCACCAAUGGCGCAUCCGCCCACAACGAAGCGUACGAAGCGUUUGCCGACGAACACGAACGCUGGAUGAACGGGACUGGCCAGGCUCAAGGCCAGCAGGGGACUAUCAAUGGUGCUGCACUGCCGUACCGACCUAGCUCGAAACCCAGCACUACUACGAACUACCAGGCCUCGCAGCUUCACAACUACACCGGAUACCCAUCCACAGCGGAACUGACACCCCCAAGCUCCUCGUCCCAACACGAAGACGCAGGGCCUGCUCCAACAAGACCACCACCGCCUAUUCCAACCAACGCUACUACGACCACUACUACCACCACCACCACCACCACUUCAGUUUCGAAACCCACAACUCCUACACCCAAACCUCCAACUCUUGAUACCAACAACCUCGCUCCAGAGCCACAGCCCAUCACCUAUCGACACUCCUCUCCAGCACCUCAAGGAUCUUCAAACGCACACUCAGAAAUACCUACUUCCCCCUCCAGCCCGCCGGGCGGCCGUCUCAUCCACCGACACACCCUCCAGGUGCCACGCCAUUCCUCAUCACGAGCAAGCCGUGAACUCUCUACUCCCAUCGCCGUUGACGACACCCUCCUACCCAUCGACCGUGUCUCGUCUCCUACCUCUGUUCUCCGCCGUGGCUCGUUUACCAUCCCUCGCCUUUCCCAACGCUCAAAUCAUUCAGAACCUCACUUGGACGAAGCCCUGCACGACGAAGGUGCCGCCAGAUGGACGGAAGCGUUCAAGCAGCGCCGGGCCAGCAAACGAAAGCGGCGAGAGGAGGAAGACGAUGACCGCGUCAUCGUCGGAACAAAAGUCGAUCAGCACCACGUCAACUGGGUGACCGCGUAUAACAUGCUGACAGGUAUCCGUUUCACCGUUUCAAGAACCAACGCCAAGCUUGACAGGGACCUCACAGAUGCAGACUUUGAUGCCAAACAUAAGUUUUCCUUUGAUAUUACUGGAAACGAGUUGACCCCAUCGGCCAAGUAUGACUUCAAGUUCAAAGACUAUGCACCCUGGGUCUUUCGUCGGCUGCGUGCCAAAUUCCAGCUUGACCCGGCAGACUACCUCAUGUCCCUCACCAGCAAAUACAUCCUCUCCGAACUAGGCUCGCCAGGCAAAAGUGGCAGCUUCUUCUACUUCUCCCGUGACUACAAAUACAUCAUCAAAACCAUCCACCAUGCCGAACACAAACUCCUCCGCAGGAUCCUCCGUGAAUACUACUCACACAUCGAAAACAACCCUAAUACCCUCAUCUCCCAGUUCUACGGCCUACACCGUGUCAAGAUGGCAUAUGGCCGCAAGAUCCACUUUGUUGUCAUGAACAACCUCUUCCCGCCCCAUCGAGACAUCCAUCAAAUGUAUGACUUGAAGGGAUCAACAAUCGGUCGAGAUUUCAAGGAAGAAGACCUAGUAGCAAACCCCCGAGCCACUCUGAAAGAUCUCAAUUGGCUACGAAGAAACCGCCAUAUAAAUUGCGGUAAGGAGAAGCGAGAGGUCUUCCUUGCCCAGCUCCGUCGUGAUGUCAGCCUGCUUCAACGGCUAAAGAUUAUGGAUUAUUCCCUCCUGAUCGGAAUCCAUGAUGUGGAGAAGGGAAAUGAGGAGAAACUCCGUGAUCGGACGCUCCAGAUCUUCCAGCCUGGAGGUGAUUUGGCAGAUGAACAGCAACCAAACUUGCUUAUGCGAACACCGUCUAGACUGGAAAAUGCGCGCAAGGCAAGAGAGCUAAGAGAAAUGAUUAAACGCGAGAAACCAGUUCCUAUGGAACAUACCACUGCCAAGAUGCCGGACGAAGUGCUGGAUGAACGGAAGAACUUGGUCUUCUACUCAGAUGACGGUGGAUUUAGGGCAACGAACGAGAACGGGGAUCCUGGUAACGAGAUAUAUUAUCUUGGUGUUAUUGACUGUUUAACUCAUUAUGGCAUGGUGAAGAAAGCAGAGCAUUUCUGGAAGGGACUUUCUCACAACAGCUCCCAAAUCUCGCCUAUCCCGCCCGAAGCCUACGGAGAGCGUUUCCUAGAGUUCAUCACAAGUAUCACCAAAUCCAAAGACCAGGUAGAACGCGAAAAGCAAACUGCUGAAGCUGCCCAGACCCACACAACCGACGAAGCCGCCUCAUCUGCGGAAAAGAAAUCCACCGAUGCUCAGAAAUCACAGUCCGCACACCCGGAGCCAUCCCGAACUCUAAAGACUGUGAGUACCCCGGCAGACUUCAACAAUGGCGGUGCAGCUGCAACGUUACCUGUUGUUGAAGAAGUCGGUGAGAAUAGCAGCACAGGGGGCCGGAGUGGACGAAGCAACGUGAGCAGAGGAGGAGAAGGAGACGGCGCCCCUGCGGAUGAAGAACGGUGGACCAGCAUGGAAUCCAGACGACACAGUUUCCGCACCGCAAGGGAACCAGCUAGCCCGCCGCCGGUAUCUGCGCCUCCACCAAUUCCCUCCCCAAAGAUCGGUGACGGCGAGUAUAAAUCACAAACCCAUUUGGGCAACCCAGCCGACAGUAAUGGAACCAUCCGUGCUGUAAGGAAUAGCUCCGAGAGAGAUAAGGAGUUGCCGCCUACACCUGAUAGACCUCCUAUGCCUCAACGACGACCGCCUCCAACUCCGCCUUCAUAG